CUGGCUGAGGCUGACACAGAGCAAACAAGCACAGGAGUGGAAGGAGGAGGUUUAAAAAAUAAAAAUAAAAAAUUUAAAGCAAACAACGGGCAGAAGAAACCAACAACCAAACAGCAGAACUGAUAUCUAGAGGCUACUGAGGAGCAGCAUGGAGCAGCCUGCAGAAGCCCCUCAGGCAGCACCCAGACGAAUCUACCAGGAGAGACAGAAGCUCACAGGUCUGCCCUUGUACUUCCAAGGUUACCUGUCAGUGCGGCGCUCACAGUGCCAGGAAUUUAGACUGUUUUGGACAGAACUGAGAGGAACCAUGCUCUUCUUUUACGAUGAUAAGAAGGCACCAGAGUACUCACACAAACUAGAUAUUUCAGCUUUGACCUCAGUAAGCAAUGUUUAUCCAAAUGAAGACAACUCUGCACAGUUUAUCCUGAUGUUGUUGAAUGAAAAACUGGAAGUGAAGGCUGAUAACUGUGAAUAUGGAAAAGAAUGGAAGGGUUUUAUUCUCACCGUAACAAAGUUGUCAGUUCCACUGGAUGAGUCGUUAUCACCUGGACAACUUACAAAAAUACAUGAAGUGCUAGAUAAAGAAAAGAAAAGAAGGAUUAUGCUUAAUGACUGUUCCUGCACAUCCCAGAAUAAAGAAAGCCUUCCCAGCAAGGACAACAGUUGCACAGCGACUGCUAUGCCAGCGUGCUUCUAUGCAGUAUCUCGGAAAGAAGCAAUAGAGAUGUUAGAAAAUAACCCACUGUGUGGGAAUUUGAUCCUGCGCCCUGGCAGCGACAGCAAGAACUAUGCAAUCACUGUCCGACACGUGCUGGAUGCUCCAUGCAUAAAGCACUACAGAGUGACGUCCAGAGAAAGAAGUUACAUUAUUGAAUUGGAAAGACAGGUAACAGUUAAAAGCCUUGAGGAUGUCAUCAGUUACUUUAUGAUCCAAACUCAUGGGAACCUGAAGCCUUUCAUCAUGCAGACAUGCAAUGAGUCUCUGCAAAUGGACUAGAAUUCUGAAAGUAAAACACAAGAAAAGUCCUGAUGAAACAGAGGUACAAAAAGGAGCCACUAUCCAUCCCGUGGGAAACUGGAGAUUCAGCCUUCAAAACAAAUACCCAAAGUGGUCAGCAGCAGGACCAAAAUUUAGUAUUUUAAGCCUCUAAAGCAUGCCACGCACUGUAUCUGACUUCUGCCAUACAAGAUGAUUCACUUAUUUAGAAGACAGUUUUGCUGGUGCAGUUAUCACUGCUGUAACUCAUGACAGGUUUAACGCUGAACCUAAAUAAGAAUUCCACACAACGGAUAAACACCUGCUCUAGCUAUUGCAUCAGACAUUUAUUAAAAUAAACCUCCAAAAGCUAUCUGGUCAAAACAAAUCACCCUUUAGAUGGACGUUCAGAUUGCUGUCCUGUACUGCAGCAAAGCCUAUUUUCUGUAAUUACAGAACAUGUGACAAUUAACAGGGAUGGACAGACCUUUCAGGUAGAAUUAAGCCCGUUGCAUUUGGUUGAAAUACAGUCCUUCAAAUGACUACUAUACAGACAAAACAUUUCUAAAGGCAGAAGGAAGAUUAUGAAUGUCAGUUUACCCAAGACCCUUGCUUCUAUUUGUUACAAUUUAGAUUUACAUACAAACCCUGCAUUAUUUCAGGAUGUGAGAUUGUGACAUGGUGUCACAGGUGCCUCUGAAUUUGCUAGAACUGUAGCAUGUUCACAAAUUCACCGCAUGUAUUUGGAAAAGGGAGAAUGAAAACACGCUCUUUACGGGGAAAACCAGUGCUCUUUAUUAUGGGGAAACCAGUGUAAAAGGCAUUUGAAUGAGAAAGAUCUUUAAUGCUAAUUUAACAUUUAAUCUUUGUAAAUCAACUGCUCUUGCAAAGAAUAUUUUGAAGGAUUGCUCAAUGUACCUGAGCACAAAGGUAGCUGCUUCCUCAUUGUUACAGGGAGAUGCCUUGUUCCAGCUGCUGCACAAGAACGCAGCAUCAAUCCUAGACACUCACAAGCUUUCGCUACAAAGACCAAAAGCAGUUGUGAGAUCCAGGUGGUGUAACACAUCUCUGCACUGGCAGCACCACACCAGUACUGACAACAGUGCAGAUCUGAAAAGAAAAACUCCCAGCCCACAGCUCUCUUGCCCAGUUUGAGUGAGCCCACUGAACACUUGCUGGAAAUGCUGGCAGAAAGCAGUACUUGAUUGAGAAAUGGGCUGCAAACAAAUCCUCACUGAAUCACCUAACUUCAUGUGAGUGAAUGCAUUUACAUCACAGCUAUCAGCUACUCAGAAAGCUAUUCAUUUCAAAAUGUGAAAAAACGUUUUAAGAGCCACUUGACGUGCACACUUCGAUAUGAAGUUCCCUUAGGUAAUAUCCUGUUAAGAAGUUAACUUACUUUCAGAAGAUUUUAAAAGUCUGCUAGAAGUAUCUGGAGAUAUGCUUUCUCAGUUUUUCUGUCUCAAAUUGAGAAGAACCCAUCUGUGGAAUGGAUACAAAUCCUACAUACACUCAGUAAGAGCAGUAUCGGUCAGUUCUGCUCCAGCCUACACGUGGAAUUUUUAGCAAGGGUCUCACAAAGCCGUAUGCACUGUUAUCUGCAAGAGUCAUUCUGUUAACUUUACCUGAGGUCCUUCAGGUAGCCUUCAAGCAAAAUAGCGAGACUAAUACUAGUUUGCUUUGCUGCAUACCUCAAAAGCAGGAGCACACCAGUGUGCGCACCCACUCAGAAAUUCAUUUCUUUCCCCAGCUCAUAGUUGUGAGAGGUGACAGUGCUUUGUUUUAACCUGACCAUUUAAGUAAGUGAUCCUUAGUAAUAAUCAGCAAUUUUAGUUUAGGCUCUAAUGUUGUCACAGGCAAACAUUUUGCAGCUAUUAUUUAAAGUGCAAACUUACUGUCUGCUUGCGCCGCCUUUGCGCUCCAAAUGUAAUCUUUUGUCCAGUUUCAAAAAAUAUUAAGUUUUUAUUUAAAGAAAUAGGCUACUUUAAAACGUACUAUUACUAAUCUAGAAAAUGAGAUCUAUGAACUCUACUGACUGUAAAACUAUAUAUACCUUCACAAAUAUAUUCCACAUGUAAGACUAAAUCCCAAAUAAUUGUGUUGAUUCCAGAUAUUCAGUUCCAUAUAUCUCGUUGUUCAAGUGACCAGCUUAAUAUCCACUGUUUCUGGCUACAACUGUCUGAGAAAGGAAAAACAGGUAAAAUUCCCAAGCAAUAAUGUUCAUUAAAUGUGAAAAUAUCCCUGAAUCUUAAUAAGAGAUGCUCAAGGAUAAAUGGCUAAGUAAUCAACACCCUUUUACAACAUCUGGAGGAUUCAGAGAUGAGCAUUCUCCAUUUCUGAAGCUUAAAAACAUCACAAGGUUUUUUCUAGUUUGUAGGAUCUGUUUUUAUCCUAACCCCACUUCACUCUCAUCACUAGGGAAUAAUAAAAUAAAGCUACCCUCAACCCCACCCAAACUAUCAGCUUCAUUAUCUCAUGUUUAAAAGAUAACGUGGUGUUAUGGUGCUUCUGUAACGCACCUCUGCCUCCUGCAAUGUAAAAUUAGUUUUUAAUUAUUUAAGCAUAUUCUUUAUACCAGACAUCCUACUAACAGAUUGAGAUGAUGCCAAUUCAGUGCACUGCAACUCAGACUCACACUGUGGACAGGUGUGCAGCAUAACCAUUCACUAUAAAGAAAUGGUACCAGAAGGAGCAGCCAAGGAUUUGCUUGUGACAAUCAUCCAGGGCCAUUUGCCUUUACCUCUUUCGAAGUAAUUUCUUGCCUCAGUACUCUUAAUUAGGUAAGGGCAGAAAGGCUCAACCACACCGACUAUUUUCUCUUUCUUGAAGACAAAGUUUUAUUGUCCAAAGUGUUAACUCAGCUCUCUGAUAGGGUUCCACUUUCCCCAUAUUGCAGUUUUCCCCGACGAACAGUCUUAGUGCAUACAGUGAACAACUCCAGCUGUCUUGAUUUCAGGGAAGUUAUGACAAUUUACACCUAUUCAAGACCUGGCUCCCUGUGCUGCCAUAUAGAGACUGACAGAGCAGCCACUCUGACAUGCGGCAUCACUUACAGUUCAGAAGAGAGCACCACCAACAAAACAGAAAAAUGCAUUUGCCAUUUAAGUGGAUGUUUAAACAUUCUGAAUGGAUUAUCUCUCAUGUGGAUGCCAAGUCUGAAUUCUCAUUUGAGAAUGAAGUAACACGUGAAAUGGAUUUGACAUGUUCUUGGAACACCAGGAGUAUCAUAAGAUAGCCAUUUCCCCAGUUUUUGUACUCUUCUCUGAGCAGCUCAACUUAUACACAAGGACAAUUCAUUCCAUUCACCACUCUUCUUGCUUUCUUCAGCUCCCCACUAAUGAACAUAAAUCUUGUUUUCAAGGUAAGGACUGUGCUGAACAUUCCAUCUUGUAGAGUGACCAAUCCCUCUUUGAGCAAACUAGUUUGAAGAUAAUGGGAACAGAUGAAACAAAUCCAGUUUGUCUUCAGCGCAAAGCCACCAACUUUCAUCAUUUGUUUUAAUUAAGGCUUCACCAAAAAAAAAAAAAAAGAAAAAAAGGACAGUACCAUCUUUAAUAGCUGAAAAUUAGCACACUCCUUUCAAAACAAAUGGUCCUGGAGUGACUUCUGUAUCUCUACCAUCAAUUGUCUUCCUGAACAAAGUAGUAUCUCACUGGUGGCCCUGGCAAGUCUUCAUCUCCAUCAGUCUCAGGAGCAAACGAUACUGUCAAGUCCACAUACUUUUUGUCAGCUGAUGGCUUCACAAGCUUUUGCAUCCUACAAGGAAAUGAAUAACAGUUUAAGAUAAAAGAAGGAAUUGCAGUGUGAAUUCAGAGCCAAAUAAGGACUAAUUUCAUUACCAGAAACCACAACAACAGAGCACGAGGCUUCUUUUAAUGUCAACAUAAAAGUUGUUCCACCCUUUCAGCUACAGCAAAUAGCAUUCUGCUACUUCUGACAAACUUUUCAGCCUGCUAGUGAGCUACAAUGCUCACUAGUGCUCAGUACAAACAACAGGAAACGGGCAGUUUCAGAUGGGAUUCCUCAUGCACAUGAUUUCUCAUUGACAUCCUACUGAGAUACAAGACAAAAUUAGUUUUCUGCACAGAAUUCUGGUUGGGAAGUAGGAUCAAACUCUCGGCCCUUCCACAGUGGCAGCUUUUAGUACUUUAUUAGGGAGACCCACUCCAGUGCAAAUAUCAGAUGUGCAGUUCUCAUGGAAAGUAAUUCUGCUGAAAUUAAGACUUUUCAAGUCCUUGAAUUCUGAAGGUGAAUAGCUACGAGGGGGGAAAAGCAUCAUCUUUA